AUGCUGGCCAUUCAACCUUUCCUCGCUGUGCACCGCAUCACCAUUGACCCCUCGGCAUCUCAGGAUUCCCAAGACCCAAACCGCAUGCACCGACUUGCCCUCCUCAUACAGCUGACAACGAAGGAGUGGAACAUUCUGCACUGGGAGGUCCUCUGCGAUUGCCUUGCUGGAGACGCCUCUAUUGCCUCCGAUCUUCAGGCGCUUACCGGCUUCCACCAGGCAUUCCACGCCACUUCCCCAUCAGAUUCGCAAAGUGCUGUGGGAAAGUCUGUCUUGGUCUUCCCGGACUUCCAUUUGUUAUCUCAGCAGUUCAUUCGUGUCAUCAACGCUUUCCGGAGAGUUCGAGAACCG